GAGGGGAGGGGAAAGCCGCUCAUCAUGUUUAGGGGCGAGGGGAGUCUCCCUGCCCGGGAACCCGGUCAGCGGCCCCGGCUGCCGCGGUCUCCGCCUCUGGGAAGCCGGUUGGAUUUUCCCCAUCUUACAGCACCUCGCAGGUCUCUUCUCUGAGCAGUACGUUGCCUGAGUGAGUGGAAACAUACAGAUCAGCUGCAGGUUUCUAUCUACAAAAACAGAGUGAAAGAGAAAGAAAAGGGUUGGGAAAGCAGAGACAAAUAUUGACCUGGACUUAGAGAAAGACAUCCAAUGGCUGAAUAAAGAACCCUGUUCAUGUUUUGGGAUAUUCUUUCAACUGGCUGGAACGAGAGCGGAUCAAAAGAAUGGGAAAUGCCAGCAGACCCUUUAGAAGAAUUGCUUAUUUCUUAUGCCUUUUAUCUGUGCUUUUGCUGACUGAAGGGAAGAAACCAGUGAAGCCAAAAUGUCCUGCCUGGUGUACUUGUACCAAAGAUAAUGCUUUAUGUGAAAAUGCCAGAUCUAUUCCUCGCAGCGUUCCGCCUGAUGUUAUCUCACUAUCCUUUGUGAGAUCUGCUUUUACUAAAAUCCCAGAAGGGAGUUUUUUGCUCACACCAUCUCUGCAGCUUCUGUUGUUUACGUCCAACACUUUUGAUGUUAUUAGCGAUGAUGCUUUCAUGGGCCUUCCUCAUCUAGAAUAUUUGUUCAUAGAGAACAACAACAUUAAGUCAAUUUCAAGAAAUACUUUCAGAGGACUGAAAUCUUUAAUUCACCUGAGUCUCGCAAAUAAUAAUCUCCAGUCACUUCCAAAAGACAUAUUUAAAGGCUUGGAUUCUUUAACAAAUGUAGAUCUUAGAGGCAAUGCAUUUAACUGUGACUGCAAACUGAAGUGGUUAGUGGAGUGGCUGGGCAGCACCAAUGCAACCGUUGAAGAUAUUUACUGUGAAAGCCCACCAGAAUAUAAGAAGCGCAAAAUCAAUAGCCUCUCUCCAAAAGAGUUUGAUUGCAUUAUUACAGAAUUUGAAGUUUAUCAGUCCCUGCCAUACCAGUCUCUGUCAGUAGAUACUUUCUCAUACAUGAAUGAUGAACACGUGGUUAUUGCUCAGCCUUUUACUGGAAAAUGCAUCUUUCUUGAAUGGGACCAUGUGGAAGUGAUGUUCAGGAAUUACGACAACAUUACAGGUACUUCAACUGUUGUGUGUAAACCUAUAGUUAUUGAAAGUCAGCUGUAUGUCAUUGUCGCACAGCUGUUUGGAGGCUCCCACAUAUAUAAAAGAGAUAUUUUUGCUAAUAAGUUUAUAAAAAUUCAAGAUAUUGAAAUCCUUAAAAUCCGAAAACCCAAUGACAUUGAAACUUUCAGGAUUGCUGAAGACUGGUAUUUUGUUGUUGCAGACAGUUCAAAGGCCGGUUUCACCACGGUUUACAAGUGGAAUGGGAAUGGAUUUUAUUCCCAUCAGUCUCUGCACGCCUGGUACAGAGAUACUGAUGUGGAGUAUCUUGAAAUAUCUGGCAAACCACAUUUAAUUUUGUCAAGUAGUUCGCAAAGACCUGUAAUAUAUCAAUGGAACAAAGGAACGAAUGAAUUUGUUAAGCGGUUUGAUAUUCAAGAUAUGGAAGAUGCAUAUGCAGUGAAGCAUUUCAAAGUGAAAGAGGAUGUAUACAUUUGCUUAACAAGAUUUAUUGGGGACUCUAAAGUAAUGAAAUGGGGUGGUUCAGCAUUUCUGGAUUUACAAAGGAUGCCAUCCCGAGGGUCAAUGGUAUUCCAACCACUUCAGAUAAAUAAUUAUCAAUAUGCCAUUCUUGGAAGUGAUUAUUCUUUCACUCAAGUCUAUUAUUGGGAUGCGGAAAAGGCAAAAUUUGUGAAGUUUCAAGAAUUAAACGUACAGGCACCAAGAUCUUUCAUACAUGUCUCCAUCGAUAAACGAGAUUUUCUCUUUGCUUCAAGUUUUAAGGGAACUACAUUGAUUUAUAAACAUGUCAUAGUUGACUUAAGCGCAUGACACUCAUAAUUCUGAGAUUACAUCAGACUUUCUACCGUAAGUGGACAAAAUGAACUAAAUGCAUGAUGACUCUCUUAUCUUACUUCCAAAUGAAUGCCUUUAAAAGUUGAGAUUGCUAGAACAAAGUAUUACUAGUAUCUUCAUCUUUAAUUGUCAAGUCUAGUGGUGUUGGAAGUUGCAUUUUUUAACAAAAAGAAAUUAAAUUAACUGUUCUUUGCAUCCACAAUAUGUAAAUACAUGUGCAACUGCAUCUGUUGCUAUAAAGAAUAUUAAGAUGUACUUUUCCAUUUAUUUAUUCACCUGUUUGAAACAACUGCCAAAUAAAAUGUUUACAUUUUGUGUCUUUCACAUUCCAAAUAUUAUUUGCAGGUGAUACUUUUCAUUUGUGUAUAUAUUAUACACAUAUAAAAUAAAGCCAAGAAGGCAUAUUGCCCACUGCAGUGUUGUACUGCAUAGAAGAUGCACAAUGUUGAAGAUCAGGUGGAUUUUACUAAUAACAAGGAGUUCUUGAUAACAAUACUGCAUUAAAACACAAGCCUAUAAGUUAUCACCUGGACAAUCCUUGCACUUAUGUAAAGCUUCACUGACUUAAGCAGAACUCUAACCAGAAAAAAGAAUUUAGUUAUCUAGAUGUGCUUGUAGGAUGAAGGGUUCAGUUUUACACAUCUAAUUGUGGGAUAGGCCUUUGUACUGUGUAUAGCUGGAUGUGAUUUUCUAAAAAUUCACAAAGAACUUGGCAGAAUGAAAGACAAGGUAAAGGUCUGUGUUUCUUCACCUGAUGCUGAAAGAGCAUAAAACAAAUCUCUUGUACAGCACUGGGGCUGUUACUGUGCUAAAAGCUAGAAGCAAAGCUUAUUUUUCAGCUAGUGUUAUUUCUAUAGCUGAACUGUCACACAUCACUUGCAUGAAUUGUGUCCUUGUCAAGUCUUUCCCCUAUAAUUGCAAUUAUUUAGUCUUCAAUGAAUUUAUUCCUUAUUCUGAAUGAAGCUAGCGCAUGGGAAGUAACUUUUUUCCGCUACCCUGCAAUGAAUCUACCAGGUACUUCUGAAAUUCAGGGAACUUUGAAUGUGGCAGGAUAAAGUCAGUUUGUGUAGUGUAUGCAACUCCAGGGAAGCUAACUAUAUCUGUGCCAAAUCUGAAUGUGGCAUAAAAAUCUAUUACAAGCUCAAAGUUAAAAUAGUCUUUUGUUUACAUACAUCUAGUGCACCGUGUGAGAGAAACCUACACUGAUGCUGAAGAUGAUUUGGUGCAGCUCAGGAAAAAAGCUCAAGUUUAUUUUAGGCACCUUUAUAUUCACUUUAAGUCAUCAAGCAUUAUGCUUCACUGCCAUCUUUAAAAUAUAGACAUGAAUACUGUGUUCAUUUCUAGACAUUUCUACCUUUCACAGAUGUUGAUGAGUGAAUAAAACUAAUCAUACAGUGCAUGUCAGCUAAUCACAUGAACUGAUUAAUGUAUAUUAUGGAAGCCAGCCCUAAACAAUAUGCUUCUGUAAUAAAUAAUGGAGAUUUUUUUUUUAAUAUUUAAUGUUUUUUGAAAAGAAAAAUAUCUCACCUGAACAAUACUACUCUAAUAAGUUAAUCUUUCUGAUGCCUUUUUAUCCAUAGCUGCAUAUGCUCUGCUAAGCAUUUGGCUUAAUAACUACCUACUCCAUAAGUAUUUACAAUGUGAGUAGAAAGAUUUUAAACUAUGUCUCACAGCUGAAACAUCCCAAUUUUUUUCUUAAUAAAUACAUUUCCAAAAAUCAUCUUAAUAAAUAAUCUCAUUUGGCAGUUUCCUUUUUAUGUCAAACCAUAUUUCUUUUAUAUAGUUUUAGAUGCUAAAUGAGCAUGAUUUUAAACCCCAGAUGAAUCCAAAUAGUAUUUUUUAUUAUUUCUCAAUGUUGGCUGCAUAUCUGUGAUUGCCAUCUCAGUUUGUCCAUUUCUUCUUCAGUGCCCUUUGCAUGACAAAGUCAUGAACCCAUCUCCAAUCUACCAGCAAACCAUUAAGUGUUUUCUAUUUCUUCUUGUCUUCUGUUGUAGUCUUUUACUUAAGGUCCUAUUGAAUUAUGUCCACUGGUUUUGAUCUGUUUUUCCCAUUAUACUUGCCUACAUGCACUCUCUAUCAAAUUAUAAAGAUAAUGGCUGUGCAUCCUUCUUGUUAUAAGCAUAUUAUAAACAUGUGGCCAAAUUUAAGUGGAGUUGGAGAAACUUGCUAAUCUGCUACCAACAUUUAUUUACAAGCAUAUUGUCUCACAGUGUACCUUGAAAAAGUUACAUUUCAUGGAAAUGUAUUUCAGAGCCAGCCAGCUAUGCUGGGUAAGGCAUAUGCUAUCGUAGUGCUAUGAUUGUUCUCCUGAGUUACCUAAUUCUGAAAUAAUGUGACAGACUUAUGGGAAUUCACUGUUACUCCUGGGUUUAAAGGAGGAAUUUAAAUGCCUGCAAGGGUGUGAGUCACUAGAAUUUUACGUUCACCAGACAUAUAAAACUAGCCAUGGUACAGUGGAGGGUAGCAAGGGAUCAAUGUGCUGGAGAAUGCAACUGCAGUAUCAGUUUGGUUGUUCCUUCAGAAAAUUUUUUCCUGUGUCAAGUGAUUAGGGAAGUUCUUAAUGCCCAUGUCAUUCAACUAAUUACUACAAAAUGCUGAAUCAAAACCUGCUCUCUUUUGAAAAUCCCUUUUUCUGGUCUGUUUAUGUCAGGUGGAGACUCACAGGGACAACAGCCAGUUCCUUAUUGUGGGAGUAUAGAAUUUCUUUGUACCACAUAAGGAACUGGGGUAUUUUUAGAACAGAACUCAUAAUCCUGAACAUAGAAGAGUGUAAAGGCUCAUUAGAUGGCUCCCUGUGCUGUUUCUUCCUGAUUUCAGACUGGGCAUUUUAACAGCUCAUCUGAGCAUAAAGCUAAGGCCAUAUUCCAUCCUGGGUCUCUGCUCAGUACUCUUGAUAUCAGUGGAAGAAUCAGAAAAAAACUAGAAUAGAACCUUUUGUCAUAUAUACAUUGAUACUUUUUUAAAAUUAUGUUUUAAAAAACCUAUUCCUUUCAACAAAGUCUAUGUUACUUGUGGCUGACUGGUUGUCUUCUGUAGUUAUAAUGGAUUUUCUGAACUCCCUAAUUGUUUUGUUUAUGACUGACAGAAUAUGUAAGGUAUUAAAUGUAUUAUAAAAGACAGUAUUGAAGGUUUUUAAUGGGUACUGCUGAUCCUUGAUGCUGCUUAGUCAUGUUAAUGUCUAAGAUAAAAAGAGCACUAAUGGAAUAGUAUUGUAUUCCUACAACUACUUGAUUAUAUUUUUAAUAGAGCACAAAUAUAAAAGCAUAUGCACCUCUCUACUUGGGAAGAGAUAUAUAAAACACAUUCAGAAUACCUGAUACUA